AUGUCUCGUUCUAAAGUCUCUCGCAAGAACAAAAACAAGAACAAGAACAAGAGCAGGAACUCUACGUCUGCUUUGCAUGACGUCGCCGCGGAGCCUGUUUCUCCCCAUCUCUUCUCCGGCUCAGAUAUCUUUCAAGCACACGGAACCUUCAACCGCCCCGUCGAGAUCGAUGUCCCCGUCGUGACACCAAGUUAUAUGGACGCUCCAGAAGCUCGAUUACCUGUGGAGCUCCUCUACGCCGUCGCUUCUGUCGCUGACAGAUCAGUCCUCCUCACGCUUUGCUGCGUGAGCAAGGCAUUCAACCACAUCGCGGCCGCCUCUUUGUACAAGUUCUUACUCUUCAAGUCGCCUUCCACGGCAGUCAAGUGUCUAAGGACUCUCUGCAAGCGUCCGGGUUAUGGAAGAUGCGUUCAGUAUUUCACCCUUGAUUUCUCUCGCGAGACACGCCGCCAUCUCUCGUCGGGCUUCCACUCACUCUUCAAGCGAGCUUUGAAGAAUCUCCCGAGUAUCCACCACAUGUCGAUCUUUGACAUACCAGGUAUAUACCUUCGCGGUGCGCCCUUCCGUCUCUGCGAACUCAGAUUCGGAGGCGUCUGGGACCGCGAUGUCGUUGUCUGGCUUGAAGAACAGACUGGCCUCAAGCGCGUCUCUUUCCUUGCCACGACACCGUCCGACGGGGUUCUGUCCCAAACAGCGCUCCCUCUCCUUCACACAGUACAAGUCGACUCUUGGCUUGCUCCGCAGCUCAUCCCCGGGCGGUCUGCACAAGUCAUCCUUAUUGUUGGCGAACUCAAUAGUGUCAAGAGUCGACAGCGCUUCGAGUCGGCCCUGUGGUGUCUUGCAAACGCUCGAACUCCGACCGAGUGGUUAGCCGUCACGGUCACCAGCCACGACUUCGCCACCUGGGCGGAUAUGGCUGAAGCUCUGACACCCGUCCGGAAGGCGCUCCCAGACGUAAUCUCUCUGAACAUAGUCGUGGUGCAAGGGCCUGAUCUGAACAAGAUAUUCUUUGACGCGUUCACCGACUACGUCGGAGGCUUCAAGAGGCUCCGUCACCUCGCGUUCGACGACCUCCUCAUGAACAUCACCGCCAUCCCCGACAAGCGCCAGAUCCCCACCUUUCUGCGCGAGCUCGAGCGCCGCUGCGCGACGCUGCGCACCGUGCGCCUCCCGCCCAACUUCCAGCUGCACGCGCGCAUGAGGCCCGCCGAGUGGGUCAACCCGUACGUCGUGCGCGACCUCUACCGCGCGAACCAGCGCGCGUACGAGGGCGGCCUCCUCCGCAUGCAGCUCUACCUGGAGAAGAUCAAGCGCAACCUCCCCCUCAUCGGCGUCCCUCUCGACGGGCUCUUCCUGGGCUACCCGAUCCACAAGGGCCUGCUGCCGCUGUACGAGGAAGCGGGGCCGCGGCGGAUCUCGCUGGCCGAGCUCGAGGAGCUGACCAAGGACCUGGGCCCGUCGAUGGGGCGCUGCGCGAGCCUCGCGAAGGAGCAGUACUUUGUCCCCCCGGCGAUCGAAGACGACACGAAGGACUACGAGGUCCUCACGGCGUCGGUCAAGACUGCGCAAUUCUUCUUGAAGAACUUCAGUGUCGAGUACGAUGGGCCUUGA